AUGGAAGGGCAGCAUAACCAUCCACAUCAUCUAGGAGACCAGAACAACCCUCUCUGCAAGCUGCCAGGGCAGGAAUACCAGCAUGAUCCUCAGAGACAUUUAACGUCAUACCCAUAUCGCUGCACAUUGGCAGAUUUUCAGAUAGAGAAAAAGAUUGGACGAGGACAAUUCAGCGAAGUUUACAAAGCGACUUGUCUUCUGGACAGAAAACCUGUGGCGUUAAAGAAAGUUCAGAUUUUUGAAAUGAUGGAUGCCAAGGCUAGGCAAGAUUGCAUUAAAGAAAUUGACCUCUUGAAGCAACUGAACCACCCCAAUAUAAUUAAGUAUUUGGAUUCUUUUAUUGAAGACAAUGAACUUAACAUUGUCCUGGAACUGGCCGAUGCUGGUGAUCUCUCUCAGAUGAUUAAGUAUUUUAAAAAGCAGAAACGGUUAAUCCCGGAAAGGACGGUGUGGAAAUAUUUUGUGCAGUUAUGCAGUGCAGUUGAACACAUGCACUCCCGCAGGGUGAUGCACAGAGACAUAAAACCAGCCAACGUGUUUAUAACAGCCACAGGGGUGGUGAAGCUGGGAGAUCUUGGAUUAGGCCGUUUUUUUAGUUCUAAAACCACAGCAGCACAUUCCUUAGUGGGAACUCCAUACUAUAUGUCCCCAGAAAGAAUACAUGAAAACGGCUAUAACUUUAAAUCUGAUAUCUGGUCUUUGGGCUGUUUAUUGUAUGAGAUGGCAGCUCUUCAGAGUCCUUUCUAUGGAGAUAAAAUGAACCUGUUUUCUCUUUGCCAAAAAAUAGAGCAAUGUGACUACCCACCUCUUCCAGCUGAACAUUAUUCUGAAAAGCUGCGGGAGCUGGUCAGCAUGUGCAUAUACCCUGAUCCAGAUCAAAGACCCGACAUUGGUUACGUGCACCAAAUAGCAAAACAAAUGCAUGUUUGGACCUCCAGCACAUGAACCAUCUGCAAACGCUCUCAAGAAGCCAGCACAGCUCAGUCUUACUUGAAUUUUUUUUCUCAGAUGAAACCGACUGGUGCCUAGUCACAAAAGUGAGAGGGUUGAGCACUCGUAGCAAGAUGCUCCAUUAUUUCUGCAGGUUAUUUGACAAGGACUCUUACAAGGUGGUCAGGCUUUAAAGUGAAGAUUCUGUUGAGGUAUUGCAAGUGAUUUUUCUUUCUUUUUUUUUUUUUAAAGGCCAAUAACAUGUUACAGAUGUAGAUCAUUUAAGGGUCCUUUCUUAAAACUGUCGUGUGUAAUCUAGGAUAGAUGAUAUAAACAAGGGUGUCAGAGCCUUUGACACACCCCUUCUAUCUUAACUGUAAUGUGAAAUAUUGAAAUAAUUCCUUCAGUGAAAUCACUUUAUACUAAUGUAAGAAUUACAGUAGAUUUUGUGUAAUUUGUGUAACUGCUACUUUGCCUCUUCUGCAAAUGGUUAAUAGCAAAUUCAGUGUUUACUUCGUAUAUUUUAAACCAGCCAUUUAUGUGUUUUUAUUAAUUCCCUCCUCUUCAGACUUAGGAACUGGGAAGGGUUGGGGAGGGGAGGGGGGGGAAAACACAUUUGUUUCAAGAUUUCUUUUUUUUUUUUUUAAUUGAAGAUUUAGAGUGAGUAUUUUGCUGAUGCAUU